UUAUCGAUGGUCGCUUGUCACCUUUCGUAAAAUCAAUGAAACAGUGAAAUCGUCUCCUGUUCGCUGUCGUCGUCACCACCGCAGGGCGCAGCGUCCGCAGCAUGCGUGAAUGUAGAUAGACGUAGUCGUGGAUAAGACGAUCUUAUUUCACCUUUUUAACAAAAUUGUUCUCUUUUCAACCCCCUGUUGCGUUACGAUGAUCGUCGAUAAGCUUGGAUAAAAUAUCUUGCGCGUGAGUUGUCAAAGAUAGUGCGAAGUUGCACGACUUAUAUCUCGCUGGAGUCUCAGGCCUCUGCUCAGGCCGCUCAAGGAAUAUCUCACGACGACGUGCCAUUACAACCAAGAACUGGAUCGUCAGAUCGACUCGCCUAACGUCUUCGUUUCACGGAUGUUGCGCGCGUUCUUGCGAGGAACCAGGUCCUCUUGAUGCGGAUCGAGUCGUCCGUCGGGAUGGAGCAGAGGUUGUCGAACCCGUCGAGACCGCCGCCUCAGAUUCCGCCGAAUCACUCGAGGAAGAAUAAGAGACGAUCCAGCCGUAGGAGCAACCUGCUGGACACAAUACAGGACACGUGGCCGAAUACUUCACAGAGUAAUCAGGACGGUGGCCUAGUACCUGGUAUGGAGUAUCCUCCAAGGCAGAUGCUGUGGCAACCGACAGACGUACAGAACGUAUCGGGUAAUGGACAACGUCUAUUCACCGCGAUGUCGGAUCCGAGCGUCUGCGGCUAUUCACCGAUGCCUAUGACGUAUACUAUGCAGCCGGUCUCACUGCCUACAAUGUACAGAAUGUAUCAGCCGAUGCCGGUGCCAAACAUUAGAACCGUCCACAGUAGACAAAGGCAUCACUGUAAUAAGCACUUGACGAAUGUUCGUCCUAAUGUCAAUAAUAUUGUUAAUGGUUAUGGGAAUCUACAAGAAAACGGAGUUUUGGAAUCUGCUGUACACAUGGCUCUUCAAAACGGAGAUUAUGCCAGUCUACCAUCUACCGCUAACAAAGACAAUGGCGUCAAUGGCGACGAACUUAAUUCGGAGCACAGAAGAUACUCUGAUCCUGGAUUGGGACCUGCUGGGCCUUCGGCUCACUCAGACAGUGAUGAUUCCGAUAGUGUUGAGAGUGGAAGUUCCAUAACGACAAUUAGCCGUAGUAAUAAACUUGUCCUGUCACUUAUUGAACAGAUGACAGAACUAAAAAAAUGUAACAACCAAUUGUUUAAAGAACUUAGUGAAGCUAAGUCGAAUGUAGAGAAUGUCAAAGCAAAAUUGGCACAAUGUAGACAUAGUACUCCUGCGGAUUAUCAACCUGGAAUGUUAUCAGAACUUAUACGUGAAAUCAGAGAAGCUAACAGGAAUUGUGAAGAAGGUUUAGUUACAACAGUUAAAUCUAUGUUGGAAGAGAAAUGUAAUCAACAAGCAAAAGAAGUGGACGAGCUGAAGAAUCAAUUGGCGAAGAUUUUAAAAGAGAAAGAGGAAAGUGAUCAACGUGUCGCAAAACUGGAAGAGGAAGUGAUGGCAUUGAAACUGAGCGCGACCAAUGAAGGUCGCGAGAUCGCAGUCUUCGAGGAGGAGAAUCUGGCGCUGCGACGGGAGCUCCAGGAGGCACGGGCAUCCAGGACCCUGGCCGAGAACCACGCAGCAAAGUGCGUAAACUUUGCGGUAUCCAGAUCUGUCACGCCUGUAACUUUCGAUACGCCCUGUAUAACCAGCACCCCCGUGCGUACCGCUCUUACCGAUACUCGCUUCCUGUUCCCCGCCAUCCCACUCGCAUCGCACACAUUCUCCAUCUCUUCCGUUCUACGUCCCCGUUCUGCGGAGGUGGCGGUUCUUCCACUCGUCCCCGAGAUGGCGAAUCAAUGUCCAAAUUCUACGACCGACUCCGAACCUGUAUCCUGUGAAGAUAUGUCUCCGACGAAGGGAAGUACGUGGUCAGAAAUGUCUUUGUCCUGUAAAUCUGUUGAAACACAAUGCACAAACAAUAAUAUGGUUGAAGUAUGGAAAACUAUGAAAUCAUUAGAACAUAUUUGCGAAUUUCUGGGCACGUCAGUAUUGGGCAACUUUGAUCAGAACGAAGCGCAUGACGUCGACACUACAAGAGACGAUGGUAAAGUGAAGCCGUUGAUGAUGGCUGAAGAUGAAAAAAGAACGAAGUACUUAUUGACUGAUACCUCUGAGAAACCUGUCGAUCAGCUAUUCGAAAUAUGUGAAGCAAAGGUGCCAUCAGUGGAAAAAGAUGAAGCACAAGAUUUUGCAUCAUUUAAAGUCUUUGAGGAACAAAAAUAUCCGCCGGAAAAAAUGAGCGACGUUACGUGCGAAGUAGAGAAAUUGAUCAAUUAUUCGGAUAAUCACAAUUGUUGGCAGAAAUGGUGCAGGUUUCACAAUCAGCGAGGCAGCUUUAAGAAACCACGACGAAAGAAGGGAAAUUUAAGAAGGUUGUUCAGUGAAAGCGAUAAAGAUCCACGUCAGGACACCAUGCUUUCGACCGGGCCAUUAUGUUCCUUCGAAAGCAAUUGCGAUACCGCGGACGAGGACGAAGAUUGUUUUCCCAAUGAUGAUCGCACAAGUCGAGCCAUCACCGAUGUACCGGAUGUCGUUGUGAUCGGUGGUAACUCCAUCGUCCCGAAAGACCUCUGUUCGACGAGAACCCUGAUUUCCAGAACCCAAACAGCACCUUCACGUGCCACCUACACCACCGCCUAUAUCUAAAUUACGCGCGUACGCGCGGGGCCCCGAGCAAAAAGACAAAAAGAAAGUCAUACACCACGCUACUCGUCGCCAAUAUCCGCGAAAAGGGGCUUCAAGGGGCUUUUUACUAGAGGCUACUACUAUGUAUCGAAUAGCACGUAGGUCUAUUAUUCACUCACACUCAUCAUGCAUGCUUUUUCGUACACGUCGUACUCAUGCCUCCGGCACUUCGGGGAAAUUACGUCAUUCCCAGUAUCCGAAGGAGAUACGAAUUUUUUUAACAUAAAUCGUAUGCAUUAGCUGAAAUUAUUGGUAUAAGUUAUUUUUAGAGAAAAAAAAUUUGCUUUUUUUUAUUUCACAAAUUUUGUUUCCGUCUUUGUUACCGAGUUUGUUGCUCUCCUUUUACACACACAGUGAUUCUAACUUACUAAUAAUAGUAAUAUGAUUUAAACUGUAAAAUAAUAAACAGAAUUAGAGGGGAGAGAGAUAAAGCUAAUGUAGAUACCGGAAUAACGUAAUUUAUCUGCGCCACAUUUGCGACACUUCGCAGCAUUGUUUCCGUAGCGUUGCCAUCUUAAAAGGAAAUUGGAGAAAGACGACUUUCUGCUUACCAGAAAUAGGAAUUUUCAGUCUAUUAUGAUCAUAUAUAAUUAUAUUUUUCAGUUUUUUUACACAUAUAAAGCGAGGUAUUUUGUACCAGUGUAAGGAACUGUCCUUUUCAUGGAAAAGAAGGUAAAGGAUAGUGACUGAUUAGCAUUAAUGACCAAAGGGUUUUGCAUAGAUCGACGUAGCAAUUAUACUCCAGUUGCUAUUUAAGUAUGCAAACACUUUAAUACAUUGUCAUUAUUUGCUUUACACAUGCUUAACAAUUUUACCCUGUUAAUUCGUUAUGAAUACCUGGGGUGCGAUUCUGUAACUGUUUUACACGCCUACCGACAGUUGUCGGUGUCGUUGCGCAGCUUUUUCAUCAUAUAAAAUAUCUGCGCAACACGUGUAAAACAGUUACAGAAUAUAGGCCCUGCUUCUCUAUCUGUAAAGUAACCAUAAAUAUAUAUAUCAGAUGUAUGUAAAAAGCACAAAUAUGUACAA